AUGGGACUUUGGGGUUACGGAUUCACCGGCGACACUACCAGUUCGCGGGCGUAUAGGCGCUACGGAGGUGUAUAUCUCUGUUCUAUGUUUUUGUUGCCAUCGGUGAUAUGGUAUUGCUUUGGUAACCCAGCCGUCACAGGAUGGUUUCUGAAGCGUGUGGUACCGGUCACAUAUCCCCCUGAAAGUGACCCUCGCAUAAUAUCGCGUGUAUACCACGGCAUGGAAGAUGCUGAUAGCGAUGCUUCAUGA